AAGAAGCCGUUACCACUUUUGUGUUUCAUCAUUCAGUUACAUUCAUCCAACGGCACUCUUUCCUUUCUUUCUUUACCAAUCUGUCUGGAUUCAACAACCAACGCAGCAACUCUUAGAUUAGAUUCACCAUCUUCGUUUUCAUCCGAUUCGAUUACCAUGUCCAUGAGCGCACCAGUCACACCCUUAACCAAGAUUCGAACCACCACACCUUCUUCAACCCCAAGAACUCGUGAGGAGGAGAAGAUUCUGGUAACAGUUAGGGUUAGGCCAUUGACGCCUAGAGAGCUUGCUAACUAUGACCUUUUCGCUUGGAAUUGCACCGACGAUAACACCCUCACUUCAACCAACCUCAAUCACGAUCGCCAUACCUCCACCUACACUUUCGAUAGAGUAUUUGAUCCCUCUUGCCCUAAUCGGAGUGUCUAUGAACAAGGCGCUAGAGAUGUUGCCCUCUCUGCUAUCAAAGGGAUCAACUCUACCAUUUUUGCGUACGGUCAGACUAGCAGUGGCAAGACCUACACCAUGAAAGGAAUUGCAGACAACUGCAUCAAUGACAUUUACGCCCAUAUCACCAAUGCCACUGCAAGUAGGUUUGUUUUGAAGUUUUCGGCUAUCGAAAUCUAUAACGAGACGGUCGUAGACCUCUUGAACCGUGAUUCUGGUGCCCUUCGUCUCUUGGAUGAUCCCGAGAAAGGUACAGUGGUGGAGAAGCUGACGGAGGAGGUCGUAAGAAAUAGUCAGCAUCUUAGGAGCUUAAUUGCUACUUGUGAAGAUCAAAGGCAAGUCGGUGAAACAUCUUUGAACGAUAGAAGCUCAAGAUCACAUCAGAUAAUCAGACUGACUAUUGAGAGCAGUUUUCAUGAUGAAUCAGGAUGUGUAAAAUCUCUCCUGGCAAGUUUGAGUCUUGUGGAUCUUGCUGGCAGUGAGCGUGCAUCUCAAACGUAUGCUGCAGGUGCCCGAUUGAAGGAAGGCAGCCACAUAAACAGAAGCCUACUCACUUUGACAAAUGUGAUUAGAAAGUUGAGUGGUGGGAAGAAGAGUGGUCACAUACCAUAUAGAGACUCGAAACUGACACGGAUAUUGCAGUCGUCAUUAGGCGGGAAUGCACGGACUGCAAUAAUAUGCACAAUGAGUCCUGCUUUGAGCCAUGUGGACCAAUCACGCAACACCUUGGCUUUCGCAACUAGUGCCAAGGAAGUCACAAACACUGCCCGAAUUAAUAUGGUGGUUGCUGAGAAGCAAUUGGUGAAGCACUUGCAAAAGGAAGUAAGUAGACUUAAAGCAGAAUUGUUGAGUCCAGAACCUUCUUCCUCUGAAUGUUUAAAGUCUUUGCUGGCCGAGAAGGAGCAGAAAAUUCAGCAGAUGCAGAGAGAAAUGGAUGAGCUCAAGCGUGAGAGAGACCUUGCGAAAUCACAACUUCAAAAACUACAGGAUGAUGACCGGCCCUCUCGUCAAGCAGUCAAACGACUAUCUUUUGGUGGUGAGAAUUCAUCGAAAGUAUCUGGAUCAGAAACAAAGGCACAUAGAAGACGGAGACAGUCAAUAGAGCCAUGCAUGCUGGUGCGUGAAAUAAGAAAGAUCGGGAUGAUGCAGAGGCAGCUUGGUGAUGAAGCAGACCGUACUCUCGAGUUACUUUCAUCUCACAGGUUAGAGAAUAACGAAAGUAUAGUUCGGCUGGUGGCAGAUAUUAAGAGCAUGACAGCAAGUCUUAAGGAUGAUUUAAGCGCGAACGAAGAAGAAAGUGGCAGUCUGAAGGAAGAGAUUGCCAGGUUAAAAUGUGAAGAACUAGCAUCUCUGGAAAAAAAGCUUGAACACGUACAGAAAUCGUUAGACAAGCUAGUUAGUGUGGAAGAAGGUGGUGUGGAUUCAAGAACUCCAUUAAAGAACAAGAAGAGGAAUAACAGUAAUAACAGUGGUGGUAUGCCAAAUUAUAUUCGCUCUCCGUGUUUACCAAAUGUUCGCGGUACCGAGAACAGGGAUCCGGAGACUCGUAAUUCACCUGUUGCUGCUGCUAAUGAGGACACCUCUUUGAAGAAAGCGACUCCUAGAUCUGCAUCUAAGCAACCGGGAAGUUCUGUUAAUGUGAAAAAGAUACAGAUGAUGUUUAAGACGGCAGCUGAAGAUAACAUCCAAAGCAUCAAGGCAUAUGUUACGGAUCUUAAAGAACGUGUGGCGAAGCUACAAUACCAGAAACAACUGCUAGUCUGCCAGGUGUUGGAGCUAGAGGAAGGAAAUGAUGAGAGGGGUGAUGAUUUGGAGGAACAAUCUCCAAUGCCACGACAUCUGGUGUUUGAGGAUCACAGAAAUCAAAUAAUAAUGUUGUGGCAUUUGUGUCACGUGUCUAUCAUACACAGGACACAGUUCUAUAUGUUGUUCAGAGGAGAGGCUGCUGAUGAUAUAUACGUACAAGUUGAACUUAGAAGGCUAACUUGGUUAGAACAAAAACUAUCAGAUCUCGGAAACGCAAGUCCAGCUCUAUUGGGUGAUGAACCGGCAGGGUAUGUCACAUCAAGUAUUAAGGCGCUAAAACAGGAGAGGGAAUAUCUGGCUAAGAGGGUGAGCACAGAAUUAAGUGCAGAAGAAAGGGAGGUGUUGUAUAAAAAAUGGGAAAUCCCAGUGGGAGGAGGGAAGCAGAGGAGGAGGCUGCAACUUGUGAAUCGGUUGUGGACAGACCCGCUGAACCUGUCACAGGUUAAAGAGAGUGCUGAAAUAGUUGCGAAACUUGUAGGAUUUUGUGAAACGGGGUCGAAGGAGAUGUUUGCACUUAAUUUUGUAAACCCGUCUGACAAAAAGUCUUGGAUGGGGGGUUGGAACAUGAUAUCCAAUCUCUUACAUCUCUAGAGUUGGUGUUUGUUUGUUUGUAUACAGUGAGUGAGUGACACACAUUUCUCUUAUUCAUGUUUUUUUCUUAGGUUACUACUACUGUUACCAGGAAUAAAAUGCAUGAUUGUUGUGGAAAGAUGAGCAGCCAGACAGAAUAUAAAGCUGGCUGGUUAAAUGGCUCAUUUCAUUUCUGCUAUCAGCUUUUUUUUGACCA